CCGGCCCAAAACCUUUUCGCAUCUAAAACCCUUCUCCCCCGUCCGGCCGUCCCCAUCCCCAUCCCCUCCCCGGAUCGCUCGCCGCCGCCGCCGGUCGCCGCCGCCGCCGCGAUGCUUUCCGUGUCGAGGGCGCUCGGGAGGCGGCUCUUCUCCUCCGCGGCAGCCGCGUCCGAAGGGGGCGCCGCCGCCUCGACGUCGGUGGUCAGGAAGGCGCAGAACCCCCUCGAGGAGUUCUUCGAGGUCGAGCGGAGCGCCGCAGACGACCAGGCCCGUCCCCACUACGGUCGUGGUUGGAAGGCUGCUGAAUUACGCCUAAAAUCCUGGGACGACCUUCACAAGCUAUGGUAUGUCCUUCUCAAGGAAAAGAACAUGCUUAUGUCUCAACGCCAGAUGCUGAAUUCGGAGAACAUGCAUUUUCCGAACCCAGAGCGCAUUUCCAAGGUGAAAAGAUCGAUGUGCCGAAUCAAGCAUGUCUUGACGGAGCGGGCCAUAGCAGAUCCUGAUCCAAGGAGGACCGCGGAGAUGAAACGGAUGAUCAAUGCCCUCUGAUCAACUCAUGCACGCUUACAAUCAUAAACCCGAGCGGCAACUAGCGUCUAGAAAGUAUUUGCUUCCAUUGUGUUGUAUCUCUCCCCAAGAUGUAUAAGACCAACUACUAUCCUUUGGGUACGCAUGGCUAUUUCGCAAACAGACAUUAAUGACUUCUGAUCGAAUAACCGUGAUGUUUGGUUGCACGAUACAAAGAUGCAUGACCAUAGUGUUGGUUUGAGCCUUUGCAAAUCAAGGGCAUUAUGAAUUUAGACUUGGUUUCUUC